UGUGGAGUGAGCAAGCGGAUAGGCAGGCAGGAAGGCGGGUGGCGGCUGUCCGGAGAGGGGCCGGGCCGGAGCAGCCGGCGCGGGGGCCCAUGGCAGCGCCGGCCUGAUCGAAGGCGCAGUCCCGUUUGGCUUCGUGGGAGGCGGCGGCACCAUGCUGCCCAGCCAGGCCGGGGCCGGGAACGGCGCUGCUGCCCUGUCUCGGAGCUCGGUGAUGGGCAUGGCGCGGACAUCCUCCGGCCGGCCCGGCCCCGGGAUCCCGCGUGGAGCCAACGGUGGCGGCGGCGCAGGGAUCCGGGGCCCCGGCAACGGGACAGGCCCCCCUAGUGGGCAGGGGCCGGCGGGGGGCCGCUUCGAGCGGGACCGGGACGUGGGGGCGGCAGCGGCGGCGGUGGCUAGCGGCAGCGAAGGCGAUUCCGACUCGGGCGAAGAGGAGGAGCUGGUCGGCGAUCGGCGCGGCGUCAAGCGGACUUUGGGCGAUAUGGACCUGGGGGUGGUGGUGGGAGCGGAGGCGGCGGCGGCCGCGGCGGGGGGCUACGGCGGGGUGAGCGGCGCGGUGAGCGGCGCCAAGCCCGGCAAGAAGACCCGCGGCCGCGUCAAGAUCAAGAUGGAAUUCAUCGACAACAAGCUGCGGCGCUACACCACCUUCAGCAAGAGGAAGACGGGCAUCAUGAAGAAGGCCUAUGAACUUUCCACUCUAACGGGCACUCAAGUGUUGCUGCUGGUGGCCAGUGAAACAGGCCAUGUCUACACAUUUGCCACAAGGAAGCUCCAACCCAUGAUCACCAGCGAGACAGGGAAAGCGCUGAUCCAGACAUGCUUGAACUCUCCUGACUCUCCUCCUCGGUCAGACCCAACCACUGACCAGCGCAUGAGUGCUACGGGCUUUGAGGAGACAGACCUCACUUAUCAGGUGUCCGAAUCAGACAGCAGCGGAGAAACAAAGGACACAUUGAAGCCUGCAUUCACAGUCACCAACCUGCCAGGGACAACGUCAACCAUCCAGACGGCACCCACCACCUCCACCUCCAUGCAGGUCAGCAGCGGUCCCUCGUUCCCCAUCACCAACUACCUAGCACCAGUGUCUGCCAGCGUCAGCCCCAAUGCGGUCACCAGUGCCAACGGGACAGUGCUGAAAACCACUGGCACCAGCGCAGUGGCUUCUGGAGGGCUAAUGCAGAUACCCACCGGCUUCACACUCAUGUCAGGUGCUCCACUCCCUUCUGGGACCCCUACCAUUCCUCUCACUCAGUUACAGCCGCAUGCACUGGCUCUGUCCAGCCAGCAGGGCCAGGUGGCGGUCGCAGGCACACCUGGACAGCUGCAGCAGGCACAGCAGACAGUCUUCCGAUUUCCAGCCACAGCCGGAGGGCAGAUUGUGUCUCUGACAGGUAGUACCGUGGCUCAGCAAGUUCCUGUGCAAACCAUCCAGCUGCAUCAGGCCCCCCAGCAGACGUCGCCCACAACUGACAGCAGCACUGACCUCACUCAGACCUCUUCCAGCGGGACAGUGACCCUGCCAGCGACUAUCAUGACGUCAUCAGUGCCAACCACAGUGGGAGGCCACAUGAUGUAUCCCCCUCACACGGUGAUGUAUACGCCCACAUCCGGUCUCACAGAUGCUGGACUCGCAGUUCUUAAUGCCUUUUCUCAGGGGCCAUCAGCAAUGCAGGUUUCACAUGGACAGGUCCAGGAUCAGGGUGGAGUCCCUCAGGUGUUUUUGACAGCGCCAUCAGGGACGGUUCAGAUCCCCGUCUCAGCUGUUCAGCUUCAUCAGAUGGCUGUCAUCGGGCAGCAGUCCAGCAGCAGCACCAACUUGACAGAGCUGCAGGUGGUCAACUUGGAUACGUCGCAUAGUUCCAAGAGUGACUGAAGAUGGCUGAGGACCUGGGAAGGAAAAGGGGGAGAGUGUAUACCUGGCACCCACACCUGCAGCCACCACCGCCAGCUUUGUGCUGUGCAUGGCCCAGGAUCAGCGUGUUCCUGAAGCUGCACUUGGCACCAGGAUGUCGGCGGUCCCUAUUUUUGUACAGACUCCGUCACUUAUUUAUUGUUGCCUUUUUCACGUUUUCUUCUCUCACACUUGACACUCACCCACACGCACAGACAUAUACACACACGCAUAUUAAAGGCCAGCAGGCGGGAACUAAGCAUGGGCUAAAGGGGUGGGGGUGGCUUUGUUGUGUUGCAACGUUGCAUUUACGGUCGACUUUUCUCCCCAACCCCUCCCCAUUCCAGCCAAAGAAAUUCUGUCGCACAGGUGGGAGAGUUUGCUCUGCCAUGUAUAAAAGCCGCCUUCUGUUUUCCAUUAUGGGAGUGGGAGUGUAUUCUGUCACUCCCCCUCCCCUCCCUACCACUGAGUGAACUUCCCUCCUUGGUUGAUUGCCUCUAGGCAGAGCAACAGAGGCUGUGGGAGAGAAGAUGGAAUACAGAAGGCCUUGAAGGCAACAUCAGAGGGAACCUUUGGUCAGAGGCAGCCAUCUCUAUUGUCUUUUUAAAAAACCAUGAUGGGGAAAAAGGGCUCCCCCCACCCCCCACCCCCAAAGUUCAUGUCCUUCAAGCUGGCUGCAGCCUUGUGCCUUCAAGCAAUCAGUGACUGCAUUGUGGGCUGGCCACAGUGUUGGUGACCUCCCUUUAUUUUUAGCAUGUUUCUGCCAGAAUCUACCCAAGGUUUCUGCUGAGGUGGUUGGAAAUGGGGUGGGUAUGUGGCAGCACAGAAGGCAAAGCAUCUUCAGCAUACCCCUAAGUUGCUCUUCUCUCAGAAUGGUUGGUUGGCGAAACAAAAACAACCCAAUAGUUGGCUGUGUGAUAUACAAGUGGCAACUUUUUGCCUUUUGAAUCUGGCAACACAACACAUUUCACUGCCAAAAAGGGUGUUUGUAAGCUUCGCAUUGCUCUUUCUGGAGACACAUUUGGCCGCUCUGAAGUCCAGGAGCUGCAGUUGCUCCUAGCCUUUGGGUGAUGCUUGCGGAAAGCAUCCCCCUUGGACAGGUUCUGUUGUUUUUGCUGGUAUUUUCCUCUGGGAAAGAGGAGGAAUUGAGCCACAGUCCUUUUUAAUUAGGGAGGGUAUAAAGGAAGGGAGUGGGAAACAAAUAGAGAGAGCUCUAUUUUUGUAACUUUUAAACUUGAUUAAAUGCCUUCCCAAACAGUCGCGCAUGGAUACUGAGACAUCAGUAGCUAGGAGCGCAAUAAUUGAAGUUGGUCCACAGCUUCUGUUCAGGCAGCCCUGAAACAAGACAGUGUGUUGUAUUGUCAACGAACAUGUUCAACAUGUGUCUGCCAGGCAGCCCUCUGUCCUUACUUGGAAUUGGGUGGAUGGAAAAGGAUAGAGCCUAGGCCAGGGGCAGGUGAGGGAAAUCUGUUUCCCUUGUGACAAAAGUGGGAAAUACUGGAGCGGUGGCAGCUACUGUUGAGUCUGUUUUUUUAAAAAAGAACUCCCUGUCACGUUGCUUCAGCAUGCGGCUUGGGGAGAAUAAAUGCAAAAAUGGGAAAAAAGGGAAAAGCCACAGGGCUACUGAGUCUGCAAGGGAGAACAGGAGAGUACUUUGUGCCUAUCAGUGGGAGGAGCAAUGAACUCUCCUGUUGGUAGAGAAGCUGUGCUGUUGGAUAGAUACUUGCACACAAUCAUGCACUUCAUUCUAACCACACAGGAAGCAGCGAGGGGAAGGAGUCCUUCAUCCCUGUCACAGGAAAACAAGGAGUAACUUGCAGCAAGCAGCUUAGUGGUUUUGCCCCUCGAGGGCCAGCUGCGGAGCAAGGAGGCUGCAGACUUUUUAGGGAAAGGAAGCAGCUACUGUAACUUUUUUUCUUUCAUUUUUUUUAAUUAAAAACAAAAACAAAAGAAGCCUUGAAAAAAAGACUUUAUUUUUCUAAGUGUUAAACUCAGUAUUUAUGUAAUUCUUAAAGGAAUUAAAGUCUGGCUCCUGUACAGUUUUCAUGGGGUUUGUAUGGGUGGGGUGGGGGAAGAAUGGGCCAUGGAGGGUGGGGAGGGGAAAAGGAGAGGAAAAGGGGCCUUUGUAUUGUAACCUUUGGAAAUUAUUUCCAUGAACAUUAGCGUUUAAACUGGUCCUAGAUCAGGCUCGAUGGAAGGCUUGAGCCAAAGCCAGAAGGGAGUUGUGUGUUGCCAGUUGGAUUUAAUCAGCCAGACGAAAGCUCAAGCCCAGCUCCUGCUCCACAUCCACCUUAUGAAUGUUUAGUAGCAAUUCUCUGGCAUCCAGGGGAGAAAGAGAGGUAGAGGGAGGCAGCAGAACAUCCUUUUGGUUACUCCCUCUCCUUCCCCCCCCCCCAAGCAUUAUGAGCCCACAGAACCUCUGAACUCUAUAGAAAUGCUCUUUCCAUUUGGCAAAAAGGGGCAGUACAGAGAUGGUGGCAGCUACAUAAGAACUGAUGUGCUGUUUGAAAACUCUCUGUCAUGUCAUUUCAACAUGAGGCUUGCCAUGAACAAAUGCCCCCCAAAUGCAUUUAACAAAUUCCACUGUUACCUAACAGUGUUCCUGUAUAAUGGUUUAAAUGUCAUUAUUUGCACACUCCUAGAUUCUUACAAGUUCUACCAAAUUUUACUUCUGCCUGCCCACCCUCCAGGCUGCAGCCUUUCCAUAGAGCUGUCUAGUUAGUAUCAUGAUUGUGCUUUGAGCUGAACAAUCUCUUUCCAUUAUUAAAAUAUUCUUUAAAUGCAUAGAUACUAUAAAUUGGGGUUUUUAAAAAGUUUUCUGGUGCUGAGUUUAUUGUUCAGUCUUUUUAGAUGAGUUUUGGGGUUCAAGAGAACAUGACAUCUUGGGCAGAUACAGAGUAGUUUUACCAAGUAAUAGCUUAUCACUGUGUAUAUGUAGCCACUUUGUAAGGUAGUGAUCUGUGUACCAACCUGUCAAAUGAUAGAGUUUUACUACAUUUGUAUAUCUGACGAGAAAUCUUGGGAGGUAGGAGAUGGGUAAAAUUUUCCUUGCAACAGGUUGAUUUAACAUUUAACUAGUCCUCAAGCACAGUGGUAAGCAUGUCUCUUGGUAAAUAGUCAAAAGUAUUCACCCAUUGUGGAGUUAAUAAGCAUGAAGGAAAAAGACAUUUUGAGUAUGCAAUCCUUUUUGUUUCAAGAGGAAAUCUGGUGGAAAUAUUACAGUGAUUCUACCUGAGAUAGAGGCGCAAUGUCAAAGAAGUGGUUCUCUAAUCAUGUUGUUAAAUGCAACGUCUGUGUUCUGUUCUGCAUUUCUCUGUUGUACUGUUGACUUCCAGUGCUGUAGACCUUGCUCUGGGGAGUCUAUAUUCCCUCCUUCUCAUUCAAGAAGUUGCUCUUCUACAAAAAGCACCUGCCAGAUAAACGCUAAUGUUGCAUGUAAUUUAAAGUGUUGACUUGUAAGAACACUUAUCAGGGAAGAAAUGGCAUUUAUUGUGUGGUGAUCUUUUUUUAGUUCACUUUACAGAUUGUUUGGGGUUUUUUGUGUGUGUGCGUGCGUGAGUGGCAGUGUGUGGGGUUUGUUAAUUUCCAGGCUUGUGUUUCUGGAAGGAUGUGACAGUAAUCGCAGUACUAUGUACAGAGCUUUCUUUUGUAUUAAAAAAAAUACUCUUUCAAUAAAUGUAUCAUUUUG